CGACUGUGCCGGACACCUGCUCCCUCAGCCAAAAAGCAGGAGUUCAGGAUGGUUCCCCCACCACCUGUCAGCAAGCCCCACGUGUGCCUCUCCACUGUGCUCAUCAUGACCAGCCUCGUCCUCAUGGAUGCCUACCUGGUGGAGCAGAGCCAGGGCUCCAGGAAGUUGGGCAUCUGUGUCAUGGUGGCAGUGGGUGACUUGUGCUUCCUGCUGGUCCUCCGCUAUGUGGCCAUCUGGGUCGGGGCAGAGGUAAAGACAGCUAAGCGGGGCUAUGCCAUGAUCCUCUGGUUCCUGUAUGUCUUCGUUCUGGAGAUCAAAGUCUACUUUGUGUACCAGAAUUAUAAAGCUGACCGGAAAAGCUUGGACCUCAUAGCUCGCAAAGCAUUGACCUUGCUGCUCUCCAUCUGCAUCCCAGCCCUCUACGUGUUGUUGGUGGCCACGGAGCAUAUGGAGUAUGUCAGAACAUUCAAGAAGAAGGAAGAUCUCCGCAACCGCCUCUUCUGGGUCAUUGUGGACAUGCUGGAUGUGCUGGACAUCCAGGCCAACCUGUGGGAGCCACAGAAGAAGGGGCUGCCGCUCUGGGCUGAGGGCAUCAUGUUCUUCUACUGCUACAUCUUGCUCCUGGUCCUCCCGUGCGUGUCCCUGUGUGAGAUCAGCAUGCAGGGCAUUGGCAUCGUGCCGCACCGGAUGAUGCUGUACCCCAUGCUGAGCAUGCUCACUGUAAACAUCACCACCAUCUUCAUCCGAGGCAGCAACAUGGUCUUCUUCAGGGACGCCCGGGUCUCCAGCAUCUUCAUGGGCAAAAACAUGCUUGCCAUUGGGAUGAAGGUCUGUAUGUUUGUGCAGUACCAGCGGCACCAGCACCACACACCUUCGGGGCCAGACCUACAGCACAGUGACCCAGCCCAACUGCCCACGGUAGGGCUGCGCAAGUCCCGGGACCAGCCUGCCUGCCCCGAGGAGCUGGCCCGGGACAACACGUGACAAGCCAGCAGGAGCUACAUCCUGGGCACCACCAUGCCUGGCAGUACCGACAAACCAGAGGCCGCUGAGCUCCCCGCCUGGACAGAGGGCAACGACCCUGCUCCCUCCCUCCCUGGGCGAAGCUGCUCAGGGCCUCGAGGGUCGCAUGGUGAGGGCCCCCUGUAGUGGCCUCCAUAAGGCUGCAGAGCAGUUUGAGACCUCAGCACCCCACCAAGUGAAACAGGCAGCAGAGUAGAGGAGGAGGCCAGGGUUGCCUGCCAGGUGUUGUGUCUGGCUGGGGCCAGGCAGCCCUAUCUUGUGCCAGGCUCCCCCACCAGUGCUCCCCAUACAGCACGGCCCUCUGGCCAGGCAGGGCACCACACAGGGACACAGCAGGUCACCUGCUUUACUGUUGUGGAUGGCCCUGGCUCCAGUGUGGUCCUUGGCAGCAACCUGCUCCCCACUGUGUAAGCCAAGGCCCCCAUGCAGGAGGAGCAACGCCUGGACCUUCCCCUGCUGUCACCCCUCUCAGCCAGCUGCAGGCCUGGGGGGACCCAGAAAGGGGUGACUGUCCUUUUUUUGUAUUAUCUCCCUCUUUGCAAUAAAAGACC